AUGGAAACGGGUACAUAUAAACUGGCUGACGCGGUUGGUUUUUUAAUCCGGCGCCGAAUAUUGAGUAUUGAUUUUACAGAAACUACAAAGUUUGUUUUUUACUCCAACAUAAAGUAUUUUUUUAGUUCUGGAACCAAUUAUGCGUCCUACCCCAGACAGUGCAUUGUAAUUGGAUUUAUAAGAGCGUUUGCUCCAAGCUCCAUCGACAAUAACGGUAAUACAUGUGACGCAUAUCCCUUGCCUCCACAGCUAAUCGGUACUCUUCUUUACCUGCGUUUUGAGUACGAAAAAAGUGGUCUCCCGUUUCCAGAAGUUCAGUUAACAUUAAAACCUUCGUGUAACGGCGGAGACUUCGCCAACAGUUCAGUUAUUCCAAAUUUCAACGCUUUGGGUGCUGGUACUCCUGGCGUCGUAAACUAUAAUUUUGACUUCCAACAAACUAAUCAAAUGGUACCCGCUCCUGCUUGGAAUUAUCCAUCUCAAUAUUACAACCUGCUCAUCUACCGACAACUGAGCAACAGUCAACCCACUACAAGUGCUGUCCAACAGGAAACCCAAGAAACCAACUUAACCACGAAAAGGACUCGCACGGCAUAUACCUCUCAGCAACUUGUUGAACUCGAACGAGAAUACAACAGACGAGAAUUCAGUAGAGAUAAAUGUCUCACGAGGUCGCUGAGGAUUCAUCUGGCGGGGAGACUGAAAUUGUCCGAACAACAAGUAAAAGUCUGCUUCCAAAAAAAGGGGUGGGAAAACGUAUAUAAUCCCCGCAAUUUGUAG